CUUAUUUGCUUGCAGGUGUGUGUUUACAUUUUUUUAGUCAAAGGUGUUAAGAAGAAUUACUUGUGCAAGGCCUGAAUCUACUGCCUGACUAUUCUUACACUUUCCUCUUUUGAACAUGUGUUGGAGUUACUUCAAAAUGGCUAAGCCUCUAGAGCCUUAAAAGGAUGACCCCUUCUCAUGUGUCAUGUGUCAGACGACAGGUUCAGUUUCUGUGGGAGUGAGGCUCUGAGGAACUCUUAUGACCACCGUGCCUAUAGGAUCAUUGUGAUAACAUUUCCACAAUUUUUUAAAAUACAUACUUCAUUUUUGACAGUUAAAUAAGAUUUGCACAAUUAGAUCAUGGUAAGAUAAAAUGAAAAUUUUUUUGAACAUUUGACAUUAAAAAGUCAUCAAAUGCAUUAAAAAUAUUGUUUUGCUUACUUAUUAAGAAAGAACAGAAAUAAAAGUAUAGCGUGUCUAGGCCCAGCCUGAGCCAGACUCAAUUAACUAACCACUGACUGUUAACAAAAACAGAGGGAUUUCUUACUUUAAAAGAAGUCAGUUUUACAGCACAUAAUCUGUCAGUUAACUGUAUACAACAUAUCUGAACUGGACAGCAGUGGCUGUCUGUCACAUAUGUUGAUAGACAGCUACUGCUGUCAGAUACAUUGUCUGGGAGCUGAUUAGGUGUCAACUGUUUGUGAUUUAAAAUACACCAUAAACCAAUCUCUGUCCUGAUCUGUAACUGCCCCAUGUUGAAAAAACAAUACUGAAGAAUUAUUUUAGAUGCUGGGGUGAAAGCGUGGCACCAGAUUCUGUAACAGGGAACAGACAGCGCUGCCUCGCCUCUGCCUCCUAAAAUUACACCAAGGAAUUCUAGCAUUUGAGUGGGGUGUGGUGCUGUGUCAGAAGAGGGGGCUGACAUUUUCUAUGGCUGUAAAUAUCCGCAGCGUUGCCCAAGCAGGCCUGCUUUCCCAGCAGUACCCACCCCCCCUACUUCCUAAACCUGGAAAGGAAAAUGUCAGACUCCAGAAGUUGCUUAAGAAGAGUGCUAAGAAAAAAGCUGCUGCCCAGGCUUCCCAGACACCAGCCCCUUUCCGCUCAUGCCUCUCUCCAGUAACUGAGGCCAGUCCUGACCUGGAGUACAGUGACCAUUCAACUCCACCCAAGACACCAGAAACACCAAUCUAUGGAGGUACAUUGCACCCACGGUUCAACAUCAGGCCACUGUAUCAGCAUUCAGCAUCCCCUUAUCCGCAUCAAUGCCGCAGUUCUUACAUCACACCAGCAAGAUUCUCCCCACAGCCCUAUGUUACACCACACCAUUCGGCCACACUAUUUUCAUAUACAACUCCUCCCAUUCUUGCUGGUGAACCAUUAGUUCCUUCAUAUGCAGCAACAUCUAUAACUGUUACAUCUGUAACUACAACGACUGAGAUAAUCCAGCCUACUGCUACAAUACCAGUUUUUGUGGCGGUAAAGCAAACCAAUAAUGUGCUGGCGACACCCACGUUUAUCAUCUCUAAAGCUGCAAGUCCUCAGCCGACCUCUAAACCUAUGUUUGAUGUUCCCCAAAUUACAAAUUACACUUCUAAGACAGCCACAUUAACACCCUCUCAAUAUCCAUCCUCACCAACAAUGCAAAGGAGUAGAACACCCAUUUCUGAGGUACUGCGAGGUCCGACACCAACAUUUGAAGUUAGAAAGAUUGUCACACCAACCUCAGAAUUAAAGAGAGACAAAACACCAACUAGAGAAAUCAAAAGGGUCACAACACCUACAUCUGAUAUUAAAAGGAGUGUAACACCUACAACUGAAAUUAAACGGGGUGCAACACCUACAUCUGAAAUUAAACGAGGUGUAACACCUACAUCUGAAAUUAAACAAGGUGUAACACCUACAUCUGAAAUUAAACGAGGUGUAACACCUACAUCUGAAAUUAAACGAGGUGUAACACCUACAUCUGAAAUUAAACGAGGUGUAACACCUACAUCUGAAAUUAAACGAAGUGUAACACCUACAUCUGAAAUUAAACGAGGUGUAACACCUACAUCUGAAAUUAAACGAGGUGUAACACCUACAUCUGAAAUCAAACGAGGUGUAACACCUACAUCUGAAAUUAAACGAGGUGUAACACCUACAUCUGAAAUCAAACGAGGUGUAACACCUACAUCUGAAAUUAAACGAGGUGUAACACCUACAUCUGAAAUUAAAAGGGGUGUAACACCUACAUCUGAAAUCAAACGAGGUGUAACACCUACAUCUGAAAUUAAAAGGGGUGUAACACCUACAUCUGAAAUCAAACGAGGUGUAACACCUACAUCUGAAAUUAAAAGGGGCAUAACACCUACAUCUGAAAUUAAAAGGGGCAUAACACCUACAUCUGAAAUUAAAAGGGGCAUAACACUUACAUCUGAAAUUAAAAGGGGUGUAACACCUACAUCUGAAAUUAAAAGGGGCGUAACACCUACAUCUGAAAUUAAAAGGGGCGUAACACCUACAUCUGAAAUUAAAAGGGGCGUAACACCUACAUCUGAAACGAUGAUUGACACAAUCCCAAUUUCUGAAAUAAAGACUGUGACUACUCCAGCUUUAGGAGUUAAGAGAGGUACUACACCAACAUCUGAGAUAAAAAGUGAUGCGACAGUUAUGACUGAGACAAGAAGGGGCAGAACCCUGACAAGAACAAGGACACCAACAUUUGAUCUUUCACCGUCAAAAACUCCAUCAGGACGGCCAAAGACACCAUCAUAUCAUGUUUCACCUGCUAGGACACCUAUUAUAGAAAUUUCAAGACCCAACCCACUUUUAUUUGCUGUCUCUCCUGUGUAUAUGGAGGGCAGAAGAUCCAAAACACCAACUUCAAGUUUAGUUGGACCAAGUGAUGAAAUUCCUCUAGAAACUGAGAAAAUAAAGCAAAAUAAUCUUUCAGAAUCUAUACAAAAUGGUGAGGUCUAUAUAAAAACAUCUGAAACUUCAGAAGUUAGACUGUCUUCUGAAAAGCCCAGAGAACCUGAGUUGUUAAAACCAAAGGUACAAGCUGCUUCAAAGACUACAGAGACCACUGAGUCCCAAAGCUCAAAGACCAGCAUACAUGAAGGUCCUAAACCUCUAACUCCUUUAGUUGAACGUCGAAGUCCCAAAACAUCAAACUCUGAGUUUUCUGAACCUGUUAAACCCUUAUUGGGGUAUCAAAGACCAACUGUACCUCCGUUUGCAGGUCAAAGACCAAGAACACCAACAAAAUCCAAAACAAAAUAUUAUGGAUUAACCCCAGCUGAAUAUGUUGCUUAUGGGGGAAUACAGAGUUAUACACCUGCAUUUGGUAUCUCUAGAUCUAUAUCACCAGCCACUGUAGAAUAUCAAUCUCCAGAACAGGCAACACCUGCUGUGAAUGAGAGGCCAGAGAGCCCCAAGACACCUGUGGAUAAAGUGUCAUCAUCCAUUACUGCUGCUAUUGAAAAUGGAACUCCUGUUGCCCCAAUUGCUGAAGUCUCAGCAGCCACAAUACCAGUGGCUGAAGCAGAGCUAAAACUGGAGCAAGGGAUAUCAACAUCAGAGAGAAUGGAAACAAAGGAAAAAGCCACUGGAGUUCCAGAAGUUAAAAUUCCAACUAUUGUUGUAUCUAAAGUUGACACACCACCUUCAGAGACUCUCAUGACAGUGACCACUAUUCCUGUUACACAAAGAGUUAGGACUCCAACAUAUGACACAUCUAAACCAAAGACAGUGCCAUCUGUACCUUUAAAUGAGACUACUAAACCUGAAACUCAGCCAACACCACUAUCUGUAAAAGCUGUAAAAGCUGUAACACCUGACCAAAGCGCAGAUAAAAGCUCAAAGCCAGCAAAAAUAAGCACAAUAUCACAGAAGACACCACAGCCUCAUAUGUCUUUACUGGAGAGGAUCAAAGAACAAAAAUCUUUAUUUGCACCUCCAACAAAGGCUCCUGAAAUACCUGUGACUGAAGCAACAGAAGAUAAGCCUCUGGUCAAGCCAAAAGAUGACCAGAAAGACAAAGUUAAACCUGACGAAAGUGAUUUAUCAACACCUAAAGAAAGCAUACCAAAAGAUGCUAAGCCUGCAGUCAACAAUGAGAAGGACAGCAUCCUCCCAACUGCAGAGCCUCUCCUAAAAGCUUUUCAGAAACCAAAAGGCAUGAAGUCAAAACUCAGUGGCUGGUCUCGUCUAAAGAAACACAUGGUGGUGGAAGUAGAGGAACCCACGUUUCCUGUUUCUGAGCCAGAACUGAAGAAAGAUGCCCUUGAUGGAACUGCUCCGGACAAAAGUGAGCAGGAAAACCAAGGCAAAGAAACAAAUAAGACUAGUGACACAGAGGGCAAAGAUGCCCCCAGGGCUGCAAAAAUGUGGGACGCUAUCCUCUUCCAAAUGUUUGCAACCAAAGAUAGUAUCAUGCAACAGAUUGAAGCCAGCAAAACUGAGGAACAAAAGAAAGAAGAGGCUAAAUCAGAUAAACCGAAAGAAAUUCCUGCAUUUGCACAUCGCCUUCCAGUUCUCCUUUACAGUCCUCGAUUUGAUGCCAGGAGACUGAAAGAGGCAGCUUCACGACCAGUGACAAAGAUUGCAACAGCGUUUGAGAUGGGUCUCAUAGGCCGCAAAAAUAAAGACGAAGAACCAAAAGACUUUAACAGAACAGCCAGAGGGUUCGCUACUACAAAAACUACUGAUGUCUAGGUGAUAAGUAAUGGAAUGGCCAAGGAUACUGUAAUUUUUUCAGUAAUUGUGUACAGUUCUAUUUAUCACAAUUCAACUAUCUUAAAGGUGAAAUUAAAUAAGAACGUGAAUGUAAUGUGUUUGUAUGAAUUACACAGAGGAAUUGUGGGAAAAGCAUAUUGUUUUACCUCACUUAAAUCAUAUUAUUCUGACAGAGAGAUUCAAGAUGUGGUAAAAGAAAAUGGAAAUGAUUGAGUGUUCAUAGCUUCUUAAUUUUAUAAAUUGCCUCCAGUGUCAUUCUAAAAUGCCUGAAUGACAAGAGGUACUUGCACAAUGGUAUAACAAUCUACAUACUAUGUUAUAAAACUCAAAAGAAGUUUUAGAAUGGAGGGAGAAAUUUUAUGGCAUGAAUGCAGCGUAUCAUGGAAUGUUAAAUUUAUCUCUGAAGCAUUCAUGUAUAGUUUAAAAGUGCACUACAGUCACUGCCCACUUUAUUAGGAACACCUGUACACCUGCUGUUUCAUGCAGUUAUCCAAUCAGUCGUUCAUGUGGCUGCUGCACAAUGAAUUAACUCAAAGUGCCCACUGUAGCCUCAGAUUCAUGUUCUUGCCAAUCCAGUUAAAGGUUGAUAUGCUUUUCUGCUAGGCUCUUGACAUGUAUCUGGAUGAUUUUAUGCAAUACACUUCUGGCACAUGAUUGGCAGAUUGGAUAAUUGCAAGAAUGAGCAAGUCUACACAGAUGUUCCUAAUAAAGAGGCCGGUAAUUGUGUUUCACAUUUAGUGUACUCAAAAUGGUGCUUUUCAAUUUUUUUUUUUAUCUUUAACUUCUCUUCUCUUCUUUUCCAUUAUUUUGUCUGCUGCUUUGUAUAGCAAUGCCUGUGAUACAAAGGUCUGAUUGUAUGUUCAGUGAAGGAACAGUAUUUACAGGGUGUUGGAAAGUUGGAGUUGGCUGGAUAGGUGGAAUGAGGGCAACUGAGAAACAAUAGAGUCUUGGAAAUAAAGGAAAGUGUGAAUGGAAAAGAGAGGAAGAAAAACCUGAAUAUACCACAGAUCUUAUAUCAAAAUGAUGACCAGAGCAGGUCUACAUGAAUCUGUAUAUGACUAAAGUGUGACAGGCAGUUACACUGGAAAAAUGGUUACAUGAUGCAAGAGUGUGUACUGUCAGCUGUUAUGCAUGGCUUAAAUAUUUGGUUUUGAUUGUGCUGACUAUGUUAAAAGUAAUGUUAAAAUGAGAUGGUAACUGUCUGGCAUAUGGUUUAUGAUCGGCCCUUUUCUUGUGUGUGUGUGUGUGUGUGUGUGUGUGUGUGUGUGCGUGUGUGUGUGUGUGUGUGUAUGUGUGUGUGUGUGUGUGUGUGUGUGUGUGUGCGUGUGUGCGUGUGUGGGUGUGUGUCAUUAAAAAUCAGAAUGGGUACACGUUCUCUAUAUGGGCAGUGAAAUGUGAUAUGUAUAAUAAUGUGCAUUUUAAGGUGCUUGAUUAAAUGUUUUAUAUUUUUUGUAAUAAAAAUUGCUCAUUUGGGGAAGAUUGGACA